UUUUUCUGUGUGGCAUAAAAUGAUUUAGUUUUUUUCUGUUGUUGUGUGAUAAUCAUUUCUCAGAUUAACAGAAUCUGAGAAAAAGGAGAGUCACCGGAACAGUUCCCUGAAAACCUUCACCGUUAACCGGCGAUGGAUUCCGUCGCCCAGCUUACGUUCAUCCUAUUCCUCUCGUUGAUCUCUCACAUAUCUUCGGAGACGAUCAUCAGACUUCCGUCGGAAAACGAAAUCUCCGGCGAGUAUUGCGAUAGCUGGAGGUUAGCGGUGGAGACGAACAACGUCGGGGCGUGGAAUCAGAUUCCGGCGAACUGUGUUGAUUCGGUGGCGGAAUAUAUGGUUGGAGAACGGUACAAGAGGGAUUGCGAAGUGGUGGGGAAAUUCUCGUCGGAGUUUGCGAAGCGCGUGGCGCUUGCCGGUGACGGAAGAGACGCGUGGGUGUUUGAUAUUGAUGAAACGCUUCUUUCUAAUGUGCCUUAUUACAAAGCCGUCGGAUUCGGGUCAGAAAUCUUCAAUGAGACUUCCUUCAAUGAUUGGGUGAAGUUGGCUGAUGCCCCGGCAUUACCUUCCAGUUUGAGUUUGUUUAGAAAGCUACAAGAAUUGGGCUUCAAGAUAUUUCUAUUGACCGGUAGGAGUGAGUUUCAAAGGAAUGUCACAGAGGCUAACCUUCUGUUUGCAGGUUACAGAAAUUGGGAGAGACUCAUCUUAAGAGGCCCUUUUGAUCAAAGGAAAUCAGCAACUAAUUUCAAGUCUGAGAAGAGAGAAGAGUUGGUGAAUGAAGGAUACAGAAUCCAUGGAAGCUCUGGUGAUCAAUGGAGUGAUUUAUGGGGUUAUUCAGUCGCGUCGCGGUCUUUUAAACUACCAAAUCCAAUGUAUUUUAUUCCGUAGUACAAAUAUGGCUUCUCCAUUUUGUAUUCAUUUUUUACGAUUGCACGAGAUCAACCCCAUCUGAUUUGUCUGAUCAAUCAGUUCAAAUUUCAAACUCUGUAUUUCAGAUUUCAAAAUCUGCAUUGCAAUUUGAACAUUCGAGAUUUAGAUAGUCUAAUCCAAAUCAAAUUCAUGUAAUUGAAGUUCUUACAGCAAAAUGGGCAAGAUUGUGAUCUUGGAUA